UUCCCAUCGCUCCUGUUGCUGUGUUUUUGAGGAGAGGGCGAAGGAGGAGUGCACAGCUGCUGCUUGAAUUGAUCGGAUGGUUCUUUUUUGGAUUUGCCCAUGUUUAAGACUAGUUUGUGGCUUUGAUAACGCUCUAUAUGGGCGACUGCUUGGUGACUAACAAGCGCUGUGGCUGCUUUUGUUCAGAGCUCAAAGUAUUUAGGGGAUCCAGUCCCAGCUGACAGGUGCGCACAGUGCGCAGAGAGGAUGGGCAGACGUGAGGCGGACAGCAGAGGCGCAAUGAGCACCAACGACCGCUCCGAGCUCGGCUGUCUGCGGGACGCGGCUUCCAGCGGCCACCGUGCCGGAGAGGAGUCCCCGAGGCUGGGCAGACACCCAGACAUGGAGGCGGUUGGAGCGGCACCGAGCGCCACGGCGCCCAUGGAAGUGAAGAAGCACCAGCACAAACACAACUUGAAACACCGCUAUGAAGUGAUGGAGACUCUGGGGAAAGGCACCUACGGCAAAGUGAAGAGGGCGGUAGAGAGAGCAAGCCUGAAGACGGUGGCGAUCAAGUCGAUCCGCAAGGAGCGCAUCACCGAUGACCUGGACAGAAUUCACAUCCAGAGGGAGAUCGAGAUCACUGCCUCGCUCAGGCACUCCAACAUCAUACGCUUCCAUGAGGUGUUUGAGAGCCGGGAUAAGAUUGUGAUAGUGAUGGAGUACGCCAGCAGGGGAGAGCUGUACGAUUACAUCCAGGAGAGGAGGAGACUGCCUGAAACAGAAGCCAGAGGCAUCUUUAGACAAAUCACAUCUGCUGUCCACUACUGCCACAAGAACGGUGUCGUGCAUCGAGACCUCAAGCUGGAGAACAUCCUUUUAGAUCAAGAGUUAAAAGUGAAGCUGGCUGACUUCGGCCUUUCCAAUCAUUUCCAGAGGGGCACUCUGCUGCAGACGUACUGUGGAAGUCCGCUCUAUGCUGCCCCGGAGAUAGUGAAAGGACUGCCCUACCAGGGGCCGGAGGUUGACUGCUGGGCGCUGGGGGUGUUGCUGUACGCCCUGGUGUACAGCAGCAUGCCAUUCGAUGGGGCCAGCCACGCCACACUCACAGAGCAGAUCAGCCAAGGUCGCUACCGCAGACCCAACCCCCCCUCAGAUGCCUGCGCUCUUAUCGACUGGUUGUUGACAGUACGUGUGGAUGAGAGGGCUACGAUAGAGGACGUAGCCAACCACUGGUGGGUGAACUGGGGUUUUGAAGAGAGUGUGUGUGACUGCCCUCCAUCUCCACACCAAGAAUGCCCCUCCCCCCUACUGGCUCGCUACAUAGACUGGCAGAAUCGGGUCGCAGCUACCAGCAACAUGACUGUUGACCCAGGGUGCCUAUCCUCAGACUCGUCCUGUCCACCUCAGUUCUCCUCCCACCCCUUUUACUUCAGCUUACCUCUAAAGAGUGAUCGUGGAGGAGGAGGAGGAGGAGGAGUAGGAGGAGGAAGGGUACGUGGAGGAAUGUCGAGCCUGAGGAAGUCCCGCAAGGAGAAUACAAUUCCCCAGACUGCACUGGGAGCUUGUGCUGGUGUUUGUGCAACAGCUGCCUCCUCUGCUGCAAUUUCCUCAACUUCCACCAUUGAAAGAAAGAAACCCAAAGGUAUUCUGAAACCACAGAGGAGUUUUGACUCAGUCUUUCACAGCCCUCCUAAAGAAAACUCUCCUUCCCAACCGUGUAACACAGCUCCCCAGCCUUUCCGAACACAUACACUUACCCACACACAUGCUGAUGCCCUGUCCACCAGCCUUACGCCUCCCUCUACAUUCAGUCAGCCCUCAUCCAAAAUGCCCAAGAAGGGGAUACUGAAGAACUUGUAUGGAGGAGAGUCAGGUUAUGGCUCAUCCUCUGAAAGAAGGAUCUCUGGAGUGGAAGUUAAAGAGGGGGGUGAUACAGGUAAUUUGUGCUCACGCAAACAGCACACUUGUCUCCCAGCGGCAGAAGACAGCCCCACUAUGCGCACAGAGGCAGUCAGAAGAAGGAAGGGUAUUCUGAAACGUAACGGCAAGUUCUCUCGCAGUCUGGAUCUUCCGGAUGACCACCACUCAGCCCCCGCGAUGUUCCCAGAGGCCCUGCAGCAGCUCCUCCAGGCCACAGGGAGCGCCGAGGGUCGUCACAGCCGCCCCUCCAGUGUGGUGAGUGAGGAUAGUCUCUUCUCCUCUGAUUCCUUCGACUUACUGGACCUCAGCGCCCAAUCGCGUCGUAGAAUUUUCUCCCGGGGGAGGCAGCACAGCGCCUGCAGCUCUGAGGAGGACCUGGAGCAGCUGAGAACUGAUGCAGGCCAAGUUAGUGGAGACAGAGAAGGACAGAAGGAAAUGCAAACAUAAGCCAAAGGAACAAUGCAGAUAUGAGUGUGAAAGAUUACAUUGCACACCAGGUCUGCGGUUCAUAUUUCUGUGAUAAUCAGUGCCUGGCAUCUUGAAAAGACUUGAGUGAACUCUCUUCUUGAGCACGAGGACUCUCCCAUUCAUUGUAUUGUCAAUGUAAAGCACCAUUUCUUGGCAUAUUUUUCUGUAUUGAAUGAUAAAUGAAACUGCAUUCAUUGCAAGUUCAACUGUAUUCUGAAUGCAAGGUAAUGCAGGGAUUGACUCGUCACUAAAUGGAUGGCCAUAUUGCAGAGAUGGGGCGUGAAUGUGGUCAGUCUGCUAAUGAACUCACUCUGACCUCACCUGCACCUGUAGUUGAUCUCCUUUAAAUUUUACAGCAGAUUUCUGUUCAGCAGAGCAUUGAAAAUCUGAGUCUGGAUGCUGCCAUCUGGUGAAUUUAGCCCUGCAGGUUUUUGGAAAUAAAGAGAAGUGUAGCAGCGUGCCAUCUUGGAUAUGUGAAUCCAGUAUGUCAAUAGUGACAAUGAACCAACAAGACAUGUUAAAUGUGUUUCCAUCCACCUGUUUUAUGACCAUUUCGCAUAUAAAGCCCUGAGAGGAAACAUUAGAACUGAGGUUGAACAGAAAGACAAACGCAAAAUUUGAUAAAGUGAAAUUAUAAAUGGGCUUAGGCCCAAUCCCGUUUCAUAUUUUAACCUCUACAACUCAUUUUUGAGGUGCCUCUUUGCCUCCUUACAAUGGGUAGUGGUUGAAAUCUUUCCCUCUGAUAUGGGACAACCCUUCGGAACCCUUAUUGGUAGUCGUCGAUAGGCCUUUUUCACGAAAGACAGUUUGAUAUAUCACAGUAGGAACAACACAGGUGUAAAUAAUAAAGUUAAUAAAGGCUGAAUUCCGUUUAGCUGCAUUGAUUUCAAGAUCCUUGCAUCCUGCAUGCUUGCUCACUGUCCCUCUCACUGGAGCAUUUGAAUAGAACAGAGCCAAAAUUAGCUUGUCAAUAACACCUGUGCUUUUCCUACUACAAGUCAAACUGUCUGCUGUGAGAAAGGCCUAUACUGGCUUUUACGUAAACAGGUGUGACGAGUGUUAAGUAAACUAGCUGUGCUCUGUAGGCUAACGUUAGCAACCUAUGCUCCUAGCCUGCCAAUCUGCACUGAUAAUAAGAGAGUGAAAACAAGUGCAACAUCUUUGCUGCUGGACUUUAUUUAAAUUUUACCGUCAUGUGUCAUCAAAGGGAGGAAUGCGACAUGCAAAUAUGUCAAAAUGCGGGACUUUGCUACUUUUGCAGCCAUCUUGGCACUCAGUAGAAUUGGGGCACCCUACUCCUAGACGUGAACACGCAAAAUGGAGGGCUAAGGGCUAAGUGGUAGCAGGGCAAGGGGUGUAUUGGGAUUGGGCCUUGGUGAAUAAAUCAUGACGUACAUGAAGAAUGUGGGACAAAUACAUCAGAUCUGUGUGGACCGCUGAGAAGACUGCAAUGUUCCUCAAACUAACAAAUGAAACAAACAGAAAUGCCACAUUUUCGUCAUCCUUUUCCACUGUUUGAGGUCUGACUGGCGCUCUUUUAUCUAUGUCAUCUUGUGUCUUCUUUUUAUUAGAUCAUUUUAAUGGCACUGGUCUGAAAAAAUUAGCAUAACCAGCUGUUUACCUUGAUGAUGAUAAUCAAUAAUAACAUCUUGUUGUGGCACUUCACGGUAACACGUUCCCAAUUUUAAAAGCCCUUUAUAAGGAACAAUAAAUGGGCGAUAACACACUAUAAUGUAGUCGUAAGCAGACAUAAGGGCAUUUUUUGGAGUUUAUCUGCAGUAUUUGUCAACAAUGUUAAAUUCUCCUAUAAAGACAUAUUUUAUAUUAUUAUUAUCUCUGCUAGGCAUAAGCUUGGUGGGGAUCAUGCACAGGUUGUGUGUGUGUGUGUGUAUCUGUCUGUCUGCAGGUAAUCUUGCAAAGUGCUGGACCAAUCAGCCUAAUAUUUUGUGUGCACCUUUAAUGCAGUAUGAUCAAGGACCUCUCAUAGCAGUGACUCACAUUUGUUGAAAGACCUGUUUUAUUGACUGUUCUAUACCAUCAUUGACCGCUGACUCCUUACUCCUCUUAACUGGCGAGUAGGGGAUGCAAAUGUUUAAGAAAUCAACUCGGCUUAAAACAACGAGCCUUACCAUCUGUUGCAGGCCACAUUUUGGCGGUUGUCAUGGCUCAAAAAUUGACAUUUAUACAAAAGUGUGGUCUUAUUAUGAACCAGGGCAUCUGCAGGUGAAUUAGAUACUCGAUAUGUUACGAUCUACUGAAUUUAGGCACAGUAUGAGAUGAAUAAAUCUCAAUUUUUUGUUAUUUCCUCUGCCAUCUUGACUGUAAGGGAGCCAGGAGGGACAAUUUCAUCAGCCACAGCUCUUUGCAGUCCGCCUGCGACCCAGUUUUGUGACUUGGUUAUUUUUCCUUGAUAUUUGUGCCUCUACCAUAAGUAAACAAGCAGUAUAUGUAGUUAAAUUGUUUCUGUUUUUGUCUGAAAGUCCAGUUAUGAAUGAUAUGGAUCAAAGAUUUGUGACUGCGUUUCACUUAUUAAAAACACACUCACCCCCAUUAUUACAUUGCAGGCUAUCUACAUACAGCUACAGUGCCUGUCAGGAGGAAAAAUCAAUCAGCUUUGUGUAACGGCCCGCUGUUCCGUCAAAGAUAGACAAGGCUACUUUUAUAAGCUGUUGAUGGCUUUUCAAAUGCGCUGCUGCACCGCUGCUGGAAUUUCAAGAAUUGUCUAGAGUUGUCCCGAUGAGCUUGGCAGAAAUCUGCUCCCUACUGAGUGCACUUUUCUAGUUCCAACUGUGUUAACUAUUUCAAUCAGGAGAGACAGGGAGUGGGGUAAAGACAUUAUUUAAUACAGAAUAUGUGUGUGCAGAUUAACAGGUGAUUUGUGCUGGUGAAGAUUUAACAGAGGUGCUUGGCGUUUGGACACCAGAAGGAGAUAUUUUGUGAUCGAGGGACAUCUGAGCGGCAGCAGGAUAAAUCCCCCCCAUGGAGUUUAGACACUGGUGGUGGUGGUGGUGGCUGAUGACUCUGAGGCUGCUGACUGCUGAGGCGUAUGAGGCUGAUGAAUCCAUAAAGACUAGGUGGUGAUGCAAGACCAACUACAGCAGAGAAAGAACCAUAUUUAAAAUGAGGAGCACUAAGAUGAUAGGCUGACAGAGAAGGUGUGUCACUGUGCUGUUGGUUGAUUGUGAAUCAGCUGAUGACUCGAUUGACCUACCCAGACAAUGACACCUAGAGACAGUGAGUUAGCAUAUGUGAAAGGAGUGAAUGGCAGGGUGAGAAAGAAACUUAAAGCCUGAGCAUGAAAAGUAUUGUCUUCCUUACUGAACUUUCACGAGAGCUUCAUUUGUCUCUACACCAGUCUCCAGCGAAGGGUGCCCACAGGAAAAGUUAUUGUAGCUGACAAAUACAUUAAUAACUGCUUAUUAUGACAUUAUAGUGUGUUGUAAACCUUUCAUUAAAUGUGCUAACCCGGGGGAGUUUAAGUAAAGCAUUACUUAUUUUAUUACAUCAUUGACUAUAUUUGUACUACACAGUGAUACUGUACACAAUUUGCUCCUUUGCACCGACCGACAGUGUGAAUAGCAGAUGGAUCACAUUGCUUUUUAAUGCAACAGUGCUGCUGUGGACAUUCAAAUGUAUGCAGUUUUAAAUGUGUAAUUUUCUUAUUGUGAGAAAUGAAUUCUGUUCAUUUUUUUAAAGGGUUAAUAAAUUAU